AUGUCACUUCAAUCGGAGGGAGAGCCUGACGAUGACAUUGAAAGUGAGACUAAAUUCACACAAGAAAAUACAAGCGAAAGCAACACAUGCAAAGGAAGGAAUGAAAUAAAAAUUGGGCAGUUGGUCCUGUUUUUAUAUGAAAAACAUAUUUAUCCUGGGCAAGUUAUUGAAACAAAACAAGAUAAGAAGCAAUACAAAAUAAAAUCCUUAACAUCUAGUGGUUUGUUGCAGUGGAAGUGGCCGAGUAAAGAUGAGAUCAUCUGGUACGAGGAGGAAGACAUUUUACAGGUCAUAGAGACACCUAUUCCGUCCAAAAUAGGUUUCUUUAAAAUUCCAGAAGUGGAAAAUUAUAAUUCAGUGAAAGCACAGGAGAACUUCAAAUGUCCGGACGACUUUGGAUUCUACCCACAUCACAUCUCCUGCGACAAAUACUGGAAGUGUGACAACAACGCCGCAGAACUGAAGACAUGCGGUAAUGGUCUGGCGUUUGACGCAAGUGAUCCCAAGUUCCUCACAGAGAACUGCGACUACAUACACAAUGUGGAUUGCGGUGAUAGGUCACAAUUAGAACCGCCAAUCUCAGCGCCUCACUGUGAAAGGUUAUACGGUAUCUUCCCGGAUGCCCAGAAAUGCGACGUAUUCUGGAACUGUUGGAACGGUGAAGCUUCUCGCUACCAAUGUUCGCCCGGCUUAGCCUACGACCGUGAAGCUAGAGUAUGCAUGUGGGCCGACCAGGUACCAGAGUGCAAAUCAGAAGGCGGUUUCUCGUGCCCUGCCGCAGGGGAAGUCACCAACUCCGGAAGUUUCAGCAGACACGCCCAUCCAGAGGACUGCCGUAAGUACUACAUCUGUCUUGAGGGACAGGCGAGAGAAUACGGCUGCCCCAUUGGCACGGUGUUUAAGAUCGGCGAUGCUGAUGGUACCGGAAACUGCGAGGACCCAGAGGAUGUACCUGGAUGGUGA